AUGGUGAAGAUCGCCGUCCUCGGCGCCGGCGGCGGAGUCGGGCAGCCGCUCUCGCUCCUCCUCCGCCUCUCACCGCUCGUCUCCACGCUCGCGCUCUACGACCGGCACCGCGCGCCCGGCGUCGCCGUCGAUCUCUCCCACAUACCCACCGCGAGCCCACGAUCAGUGUCCGGCUACACCGGCGCCUCCGACGGGCUGGCGCGAGCGCUCAAGGACGCCGACGUGGUGAUUGUGGCGGCGGGGGCGGGCGUCACGGCGGAGGUGGCAUCGCGGGACGCGUUGUUCCAGCGGAGUGCGGCCGUGGUGAGCGAGCUGGUGAGGGAGUGUGCGCGGGUGAGCCCUGGAGCGGUGAUGCUGGUCCUUACGAAUCCGGUCAAUGCCAUUGUGCCUUUUACCGCCGCGUUGCUGAAGGCGUACGGGGUGUUUGAUGCGCGGAGGUUGUUUGGGGUGACUGCGCUUGAUGUGGUGAGAGCGGAGACGUUUUUGGCGGAAGCGGAGGGAAAAGAUGGUGGUGGUGGGUAUGCGAAGAUAGAUGUUGUAGGAGGGCAUUCGCCGCAGACGAUCGUGCCGCUUAUGAGCCAAGCGCAGCCUCCUGCGCGGGUGAAAGGGAUAGCGUUGGAAGGAGUUGUGAAUCGGGUUCGGUUUGGAGGGAGGGAGGUGUGUUAUGCCAAAGAAUGGAACGGUGCUGCUACAUUGUCUACCGCUUAUGCCACCUUACGAUUCACAGAGGCUGUAUGCAAAGGUCUGCUAGGGAAAGGAGGCGAGGCGCAAUGUGCCUAUGUGCAUCUUCCCGGUAUUGAAGGUGGGGAUGAGAUAGCCGAGGCCGUCGGCGUAGACUAUUUUGCUGUGCCGGUCGACUUUGCGGUGAAACCUUCUCCUCAAGGUGCAAUCUGUCGGAAGGCCAGCAUACUGACUGUAACUGCCAGAUGUAUGGGGCAAGUCGAGUUGUUAAUCCGCUGA